CAGGAAACUCUGCCUCUGUAAUAUGACACUGCCAUUGCUUGUGUAACUAUACUGUAUAGUACAGUUACACAAAGAGGAAGAGAGAAAACUUUAUUCUGCUUACACACACACAACUUGUUCUUAGCUGAAAGCAGAUGAGCCUCCAACUGUUUGGACUAUAAUUCCCAGCAUCCCAGACAAGGUCUCUAAUCUUCUCUAAGUUGUAAGUGAAAAGCAAACAUGAAGUUAUCCAUCCUUGGUGCGACCGGUCAGACAGGCUUGUUCUUGAUAUCCCAAGCUUUACAACAGGGACAUGAAGUGAAAGCACUUGUGAGGAAUGUCAGCAAAAUCACCAUCCAGCAUCAAAACUUAAAGGUGGUGGAAGCAAACAUAUUUUCAUCAGAAUCUUUAGAAGAACAUUUCAAGGGGCAAGACACUGUUAUGUCCUGCCUGGGUUUUCAGUAUAAACUUUUUUCAUCUAUAUCUGGAUACAGUGACUCUAUGAAAGCCAUUGUGACAGCCAUGCGUCAAGCUGGAGUAAAGAGGAUGGUGACAAUGACUUCUUGGUAUACUGGUCCUGGCUCCGGAAUCAAUUCUUCCUUUUUCAUUCGCAAUCUACUUAUACCACUUAUCAAGAGUGUGCUUACCAACAUGUAUGAGAUGGAGCAGUACUUGGAAAUGGAAUGCUCUGAUCUGAACUGGACUGUUGUAAGGCCACCUGGACUUCAGAAUAAUCCAGCCACAGACAAAGAAAUAAUGACUUCUGAAGGCUUCUUUGUCCCAGGUGAUGAUGGAUACCCAGUAACUAAUACUGUAGCUCGAGGAGAUGUGGCACGCUUUAUGCUCUCAGUCCUUAAUGAUGAAAAAUGGACUAGAAAAAUAGUUGCAAUGUGUUGUAAAGCAUAGAUACAUGCUGAUUUGUAACUGAAAUUACUUUGUACAAAGAAACUGACCAUUAUCUUUUUUACAGUAAAUAGAAAAUGUAUACUUUAAAAUCUGAAAUCUUGAUAUGAAAUAUAUUGUGAAUUAUUCUCCUUAUGCUGUAAUCAGUCAAUAAGGGUUCAUACACACUAGUGGUUAUCCCUGCAUUCCAUGUGUUUCACCACAAGGAAACCCAGCAGUAAACACAGUCCUUUCACAGUAGUAUUGUAUUCAUAGUGCUGCAGGAAAGGACUGAACGCAUCAAGUUGAUCUUUAGGUGUCUUUCUUGAGUACAAGAAUGGACAGAUGACAUAUUCUAAUUUUCAGAGAUUUGUAGCAAAGUGUAUUAUCUAUUUUCUUGUGUAAACUGAAAACUUCUGAAAAGCAAAAAAUAUGCCCCAUCCUCUUCAAGCCUAUCUGUUUUGUCUGUGAUUCUACAUUUUACAAUCCUUCUAUAAAUCCCUCUACAAAGAUGCAAAUAAAAGUGCGUUUGCAGCAAA